AUGGUGGAGUUGAGCUCCGAUAAGCCACAAGAACACUCCGAUUCAACAGAAGUCGAUUGUGAUGGUGAAGUUGGUGUGCCCAUAUGUCCGAGCGAAUUAAGUUUCGAACAGGCCUGUUGUUUAAUUGAAGAAAUGUUGCAACUACUUGCUAAAUUUGAAGACAUGUCCAACCUAAAAACUAUAUAUCGUGCGGCGAAACAAUUAAAUCGGACUUAUUUCAGUUGCUCGGAACACCGAAUUCACAUAGCUCACUUUUUAGUGGAUCAGAAUUUUCCGUCAAUGUUGACUAAAUUCAUAAAGCGUUUAAAUAAUAUGGGGACGUUUAAAGACGAUGAGAUUUGGUUUUCUUCAUUUUACUUCUAUAGUAUUGCUUGGAAUUACUCGGAAAUCAGUGAUGAAUUCGCCACUGCCUUGGCCGCCUCAAGGAUUGCGCGUCUGCUAAAUCUGAAUAUUGGUCAUCAACCAUACUUGGAAAAUAUCGGAAGCAAAAAUGUUUAUUUUCUCAUCAAGGCAAGUCUGUCUAUCAUUUUCAAUAUGUGCAAAGUCCCCGGGAACGGAGAACUAUCUGUUAACUCGAUUGGACGUGAAGCAUUGCUGAAACUGUUGGCUUUUCAGGAAGAAGAAACUCUACGAUGUUUAGCCACACUGUGCUUGGCCUAUACACUUUAUGACCCAUACAUUGAUGAAGCUCUCGCUGUCGAGUGUGGAAGCACAAAUAUGUUUAAUGUCCUGGUUAGUCAGAUUCAACACGCCAACGCAUCCACACGAAAACGGAAUCACGGUUUCCCUCUGUCUGAAUACCUAAUGGCAUUGGCAACGUUUUGUGCCAAUGAGACCGUUAAAGUGCGGAUGCUGUCAGCAAAGAUACUGAAUCUAAGAAACAAGUCAAAAGAACUGCCCAAAUUAUCCGAAGGUCUGUUGAUGUUUCUUUCCAAGAUGUUAGACACAAAGAAUAUAAGUGCGUAUUACCAGGAAGCGAUCAUAGUUCUGAGGAUAAUCUACCAUCUGUUACAUUUACCUCAAGCGAAAACUGAUCCCGGGGUUCGACAUUGUGUGAAAUGUAUUCUGGUCUUGUCACAAUGUGCAGCAAUCAAAGAGAAUCCAGAUCCACUACUUGCUCGAGUAAUCGAGCAAAUUUUAUGGAAAGAUGAACAGUCCUCAAAAGGAGUUCCAUAUACAAACCACCCAAUACCGGAACGUGGAAAGUGUGGUCCUGUUGUUGUGAGCUAUUCACCAGAAAACCAACUUGCAGCAGCAUAUUUUAUGGAGCAAUUGCAAUCAGGCGGUUUACCCGUGUUGAAUCAAGUUAACAAAGAUCUGGCGAACAAUGACAAUUUGGCUUAUCUGGCUGGAUUAACUGGACUGGGUGUUUCAUUUGGGUACACAAAGGAUUGGUUGUUAUGUUUGCAAAAAGCUUCGGUCAUGAUAGUAUGCAUAUCAGAAGCAUAUCGUCUCAACCCAGGAUGUCGAACUGAAAUUGAGUACUUCAUUGAAUCGAACGAGGAGUCCAACCCAAAGUACUUGAUUUAUAUCCUUCUGCCACCCCGAUUUACUCUCAAUGGUUGGUUAGUGGAUCUGCCAGGAGUAGACCAAUACAUAGAUUUCACACAUCGCAGAACAUUCAUCACAGCACUAAAGCAGCUACAUAGAAACACGGGAGAAAUAUUUGGAUUAGAUACUGAGGAACCUGUUUUUCAUGAAACCGACAAUACACAAGCUUCAACAAAAGAACGAUACGUGUCUGAACUGAGAUCUUCGACUUUGUUUUUCACAUCGUCAUCUUCAGUAAGCGAGCCGACGGAAAGUAUCUCCUUGUGUCAGAAAAAUGAUUCAAUGCGGUCCAAAGGGGGUUCACGGCACUGCGUGCAGGACAGGGCAAAACAGACAGGUAAGAACAGUUCAGAAGAACUUAUUUCGGAAAAACAAGAAAUAACAGUUGACCAAGACCCUUCUAUUCCCUUACAAUUCGAUUUAAAGUUCGGCGAAGAUAAUGAUUUUGAAUGUGCUCCGAAAUCGGUGGAAAGGUCGCGUCUACCGACGCUUCAGAGUCCGCAAUUCAUUUUGGAAAAUAACACAGACAAAAUAGACGGAGAUCUUACAAAGCAAGGCACGAGGGAGACUGAAACAAGUCCUCAUUACAAAGCAGAUUUUUCAUUGGAAAAUUUGAAGACAACUGAAGAUGAACAAAGAAUAAAUUACCAACUCAGGAAUGAUAACCUAAUGAGGAGAGAUCAGGGCGUUUCUUUGCACAAUUCUGCCAGACCGGAUAAUACAGCAAACCAUGAAACCAUGAAACUGAACGAGGGAAAAACGGAGAAUGUACAACUAUCAAACAGCGAUGAAAAAAGUAAACCCACAUGUAAUCUAAACCAUGUUGUAUCUAGUGUGCCCAAAGGAAGCAGAGAACCGCUUCUGGCUUCCACACAUCCGACUGCAGAGUGUGCAGAAAGUGGACUGUUAGCACAAUCAAUCGGAAAGGUCUCAUUUGAGACUUCCUCAAAGAGGGAUAUUUUGCAAAGCAGUCAAGCCUCUGGGCAGAUAUCACAAACAUCAUGCAAAAAGACACAAGGAGUAUCGGUAUCGGUUGUCCCACGUGAAAAUUUGGUAAGCGUGAAAUAUGAGUAUGCGAAAAUGAAUCUGACUAGUGAUAAAAACGGAAAAAAAGAAAUGGAACAAUCAUCUUGUCAACAGAAUAAACUAGAAUAUCAUGUAGAACCCAAGACAGAUUCUAACAGUCCCAUGCUAAAUGCAGCGAUGGAGACCGUGGGUAAUUCAACUAGCGAGUUAGUAACUCAAAUUACUGAUAUGCUUAUCAGAUCAACGACACCAAUUGUUACUGAAGAUGAGCACAUGUUAAAAGAUGUUAGUCAAUCCCAUGAAUCCAAACCGGAGGUAAUUGAAUAUCAUGAUUUUCGACCACUGGACCGCAAGGAACCUAUGAUGCGAACUUUGCAAACCUUCCCUAGUGGAACUGUUUCAAUCAAUUCACCGCCAAGUGAGAAAUGUUAUUGGGGUCGUUCACUCGGAAAAUCUUCAUCUCAAAUUCCAUUUGAGGCCAGUCCGACUCUUGUUAUGGAUGUGAAACCUGAUCCUGAUUUGAAUAAAAUUCACCUACGUGAAUGGACCAAUGUUCAAGUGACACAAUGGCUCGACCAAAAGGGUUUAAAAAAAGCGCUGUCAAAAUUUAUUGGAGAAAUCGAUGGAGUGGUGCUUGAACAAAUGAGCCAACUACGUCACUGGGCUCCGGAAUACUUCGCCCAGUCGUUGCAGAGUCAACUAAAUUUGAACUUUAUAGAUGGAUUGCGAUUUUUGGAUGCUUUAUCGGAAUUGACUAGACGUGAAUAG